AUGGCAGGUGUGGUGCUCCUGGGGCUUGCCCUGAGCACUGGGGCUGCUGGGGCCAAGUUAGAAGGAAGCCACCUCUGCUUAAGGAGCCAAGUGUUCUUCAGAGACACUUGCUACGAGUUCGUGCCGCUGGGGCACACCUUCCCCGGUGCCCAGAGCUGGUGUGAAGGGCACGGAGGCCAUCUGGUCUUCAUUCGAGAUGAAGACACCCAGCAGCUCCUGCAGAAGCAUAUUACCCAGGACCGAGACUGGUGGAUUGGACUCACAGGACCCUCGGCCCCCAGUGAGACUGUGGGAGGCUCUGGGACCUGGCUGGACACUACAAAUGUGAUCUAUAGCAACUGGCAUGGAGGGCAGGUCACACCCGCCCCGGGGACCUGUGGCUACAUCAGGAGUGGCCCUGCGUCUCAGUGGGCUGCCUUGGGGGACUGCACCCAGGCCUUUGCCUUCAUCUGCGAGUUUGGGGUCGGCCGCAGCCUGGCCUGUGAGGGCCACAACGCCACCAUGCACUGUGGCUCCGGAGAGGUCAUCCAGGUCCAGGAGGCUUUCUACGGGCGCCAGACCCCCUAUUUUUGCACCCAGGGCAUCUGGCCUCCCUCAGAUCUGGAGGGGGAAUGUGGCUGGGUCAGCGUCAAGGAUGAGGUGGCAGGCCAGUGCCAGGGGCUGCAGGCAUGCCAGGUAGCAGCAGAUGGGACCUACUUUGGAGAUCUGUGCCCGACCAAAAGCAGCUACCUGUGGGUGCAGUACCAGUGUCUGGAAGGCCUGCGGCUGGUGGCGCCCGAUGGGAGCUUCGUCUUGGACAACGUCACCGUCUCCCUGACGUGGCUCCUUUCUCCCUACACUGGAAACUUGUCCUGCGUACUCAGCAUGGGGGAUGGCCACACUUUUGACCCCUACUACCCUUCCAGUGUGUCCAGCAACGUGACCCACCAGUUCACCUCUCCUGGGGAGUUCACCGUGUUCGCUGAGUGCACUACCAGUGAGUGGCACGUGACUGCUCAGAAACAAGUGAUGCUGCGAGACAGGAUGGAGACGCUCCAGAUCACUGGGUGCACUGGCCUCUCUGGAUCUGGAGCCAGCCUUCUCUGUCAGGCUGUCUUUGGGGAACCUCUGUGGAUUCAGGUGGAUCUGGAGGGAGGAGCCGGGGUGACUUACGCUGUGCUUUCGGGUAAUAUAACUCUGGCUGAGUUCACCACCGAGCAUGGCUUGAGACCUUACAAUCUGACUCUGGACAGAGAAACCCAGGAGCUGCUGGGCCCUGGGAGGCACCACCUGAACAUCCGAGCUGUUGGCAACAGCACUGCCUCCGCCCCCUCUGGAAACAUCACUGUCCACUUGGUGGAGCUGCUGUCGGGGCUGCAGGCCUCCUGGGCUUCUGACCACGUGGAGCUUGGGUGCGACCUGUUGGUCAAUGUCUCAGUGGCUCGGGGCACCCCGGAGGAGGUGACCUUGGAGGUGGCAGGACUCAAUGCAAACUUCUCCCAGAAGGAAGAGAGUGGUGGGCAGUCAUCUGGGACCUACCACGUGGCGAUUCCUGUUGAAGGCAACUUUCUGGUCACCGUGCAUGUGCGGAAUGCUCUCUCAGACUUGAGCUUGGACAUGGGGAGCGUCACAGUCACAGCCCCUUCCGGUCUCCAAGAACCACCUGGAAUGAACGCUGAAGCAAAGAACGGAGACACAGGGGACGUGAAGGUGUUUAUUGAGCCUGAACUGUACGUGGACCCUUUCACAGAAGUCACGCUGGGCUGGCCAGAUGACGACCCAGACUUGGGCUUCCACUGGUCCUGUGGACGCUGCUGGGCUCAGUGGAGCGACUGUGUGGAGAGGCAACUGCUCCACACAGACCAAAGGAUGCUGGCGCUCCACACCUCCUGUCUGCCACCGCUCAACUCGGCUGUCACCCUGCACUUGGCCGUCCUGAGGGGCCAGGAACUGGAGAAAGAGACAGAACAAUGCCUCUAUGUGUUUUCUCCGCUGGACCUUGGGCCUCAAAUCAGCUGUGAGAAGAACUGCCAGCCAGUGAAAGUCAACCAAGACGUUCUGCUCACAGUUACUGUGGGAGAUGAAAGCCCGAUGGCCAUGUUCAGCUGGUACUUAGAUGAUACCUCAUCAGAGAAGGCUGAGCCCCUCCCUGAUGCCUGCAGACUCCGAGGAUUUUGGCCACGCUCACUGACCCUCCUUCACCACAAUUCCUCCGUGUUGCUGCUGAACAGCAGCUUCCUGCAGACCUGGGGACCUGUUGUUCGAAUCCGGGUCACAGCACUGACCAGCCAUGCCUACGGGGAGGAUACCUAUGUGAUCAGCAUGCUACCUCGACCGGAGGUGCCUGCCUGUGCAAUCGUCCCGGAGGAGGGUACUACAUUGACGAGCUUCGCUGUCUUCUGCGCCGCCUCCACAGCCCCAGGGCCGCUGGAGUACUGCUUCUGUCUGCAGUCAGGUUCCUGCCUCCACUGUGGCCUUGAACCAGCGCUCCCUGCUCUGUACUUACCACUUGGGAAAGAGAAGGAUGGUUUCGUCUUGACCGUGGUCAUCUCUGUCACCAAUCAGGCAGGAGACAGAGAGCAGACCCAAGUGGCGGUUAAGGUGGGACAUGGUAACACAGGUGGUGACAACGUGACAUUCCAAGCUAUUGUGUCAGAGAGAAUCACCGCAGCUCUGCAAGAUGAGCAUGGCCAUGAACAGCUUCUCCUAUUUGCCAAGGCUGUGUCCUCUGAACUUAAUCAGGAGGACCAGAGCCCAGGCUCUGGGCAACUUAGAACAGAUAUCAAGUGGGAGGUCCGAGAGCUCGUGCUGAGAUCACUGUCCGUGCUCGCCACUGGCCUGGAGAGCAUGCAGAGGGUGCAGGGUUUGGCUGAGGCUCUGAGAGAAGUGACUCACUGCAGCGAGGAGCUCACCCCUGUGGCCCAGUGGGAGGCCAGCCAGGUCCUGCAGCAUGCCACAGAAGCUCUGUUGACAGCCAGUGCCAAGGUUCAUCCUGAGGAUCAGAGACGCCAGGAAGCCACCAGGGCCCUGUUUCAGGCUGUGGGGAGUGUGCUGGAAGCUUCCCUCAGCCACGGAUCAGCAGAGCCUAUGGAGGCCAACAGCAGCCAGGUUGCUCACGUUGUGGCCCAGCUACUUCAGGUUGUAGACCAUUUGCAGACUGCCCUCCUGCUGGGGACAUUGCCAGGGGGCCUUCCAGCCAUCCUGGUCACCCCCUCCAUCUCUGUGUACACAAACAGAAUACAGGCACGGAGUUGGCAAGGCUCUUCAGUGCACACCGCUGACUCUGUGACCUUCACCCUGCCUGCCGCCACCUCCCUCUGGCCUAUGGAGGACAGCCAGGAGCCUGUGGACAUAAGGAUGGUGAGUUUCUCACAGAACCCCUUCCUCUCCCGAAGCCGAUUUGAAGUCAGUGGAACUGUUGGUGGACUCCGUCUGACCAGCUCCAGUGGUCAUCCCAUCCCCGUGAAGAACCUGUCGCAGAAUAUCGAGAUCCUGUUGCCCCGGAUUUCAGAACACAGCAAGCCGACGAUGCUGAGCCUGGCCACCCCGGAAGCUCUAUGGGUGAAUGUGACCGCAGGGGAGGCAGCUCUGGGGAUACAGCUGCACUGGGGACCUGGAGUCCCACUCACACUCAGCCUGGGCUACGGCUACCAUCCCAAUGAGACCAGCUACGAUGUGCAAACACACCUGCCUCCUGGGGCUGCCACAGGUGAGCUACCCACCUGGAUCCUGGGCCCAGAGGACCUGCCCUUUGGGGAAGGAAUCUACUAUUUGAGGGUGAUCCCCAAGGAUGACCUGGAGUCUGCCUCUGGCAGGAACCUCACAGUUGGCAUUACCACCUUCUUGUCACAUUGUGUGUUCUGGGAUGAAACCCAGGAGACCUGGGACAACGCUGGGUGCCAGGUGGGGCCUCGAACCACCACCUCCCAGACACACUGCCUUUGCAACCACCUCACCUUCUUCGGAAGUACAUUCCUGGUGAUGCCCAAUGCCAUCGACGUCCACCAGACUGCAGAGCUCUUUGCCACCUUCGAGGACAACCCUGUGGUGGUUACCACAGUGGGCUGCCUCUGCGUGGUCUACGUGCUGGUGGUGAUCUGGGCCAGGAGAAAGGACAUACAGGACCAGGGCAAGGUAAAAGUCAUCGUGCUGGAGGACAACGAGCCUUUUGCCCAGUAUCACUACCUGGUGACAGUCUACACAGGACACCGGCGAGGGGCAGCCACGUCUUCAAAGGUGACUCUCACCCUGUAUGGCUCAGACGGAGAGAGUGAACCCCACCACUUGUCAGACCCUGACGCUGCGGUCUUUGAGCGAGGAGGGGUGGAUGUCUUCCUGCUUUCCACUCUCUUCCCCCUGGGAGAACUGCAGAGCCUCAGGCUGUGGCAUGACAACUCUGGGGACCGGCCAUCGUGGUAUGUGAGCCGGGUGCUGGUCUAUGACCCUGUGUUGGACCGGAAAUGGUAUUUCCUCUGCAACUCGUGGCUGUCCAUCGAUGUGGGAGACUGUGUCCUCGACAAGGUGUUUCCUGUGGCCACAGAGCAGGACAGGAAGCAGUUUAGCCACCUGUUUUUCACAAAAACCUCCACGGGCUUCCAGGACGGACACAUCUGGUAUUCAGUCUUCUGUAACUCUCCCCGGAGCAGCUUCACACGUGUGCAGAGGGUAUCCUGCUGCUUCUCACUGCUUCUCUGCACCAUGCUGACCAGCAUCAUGUUCUGGGGUGUCCCCAAGAACCCAGCUGAGCAGAAGAUGGACUUGGGCAAAAUUGAGUUCACUUGGCGGGAGGUGAUGAUUGGGCUGGAGAGCUCCAUCCUUAUGUUCCCCAUCAACCUCCUGAUUGUCCAGAUCUUUCGGAAUACCCGGCCUCGGCUCCCCCCGGAGAAGGAUGGGAAACAGGAGCAGGGACCCCCCCACCUGACUCCCUCACCGCAGCCCAUGGAGGAGGGACUUCUGACACCUGAAACAGGUUUAUGGAAUCUCCUCAGGUCACUGUUCAAAGCUCUGAAGGUACCGCCCCCAGCCUCAGGCUGGGACUCUUUGAACCGGAUGGACAUUAACCACCUCCUGGCCUUAAUGGGAGACCUUGUCUGUCCAGAGAGCACAACAGGACAGGGGUUCUGGGAGGAAGCCAAAGAGAGAGAGGACCCUUUCACCUCCCCACAUGGGUCUGUACAACUGAAAGAGAGCACAUGGCACCCCAAGCCCAAGCUGGCGGUGAGUGGACUUUGGAAGGACAGCAUCUCCAGGCAGUGUCUCUACCUUCAACUGGAGCACGUGGAGAGGGAGCUGCGGCUGGUGGGGCCCCAAGGCUUCCUGCAUCACCAUAGUCAUGCCCAGGCCCUCAAACAGCUGCGUGUCCUGAAGGGCCACCUCUGGGGACAGCCUGGCACCCCAGCCAUAGCACAUGCCAGCACUCCUCGGGCCAGCAAGUCCGCUCACGGCCUGCCCUGGUGGUGUGUCCUGGUGGGCUGGCUCCUGGUGGCGGCCACCAGCGGCGUGGCGGCCUUCUUCACUAUGCUCUACGGCCUGCACUACGGAAGGGCCAGCUCUCUCAGGUGGCUCAUGUCCACGGCUGUGUCCUUUGUGGAGAGCGUGUUCAUCACCCAGCCCCUGAAGGUCCUGGGCUUCGCUGCUUUCUUUGCGCUGGUCUUGAAGAGAGAGGAUGAUGAAGAGACUUUGCCCUCGUUGCCAGGACAUCUGUCUGGUCCAGGCCCCUAUGCCUUGCUCCGAACGCGAAGACACAGCAGCAAGAAUGCUUACCAGCCUCCUCUCGCCGCUGCCGUGGAACAGAUGAAAACCACUCGCCUCCAGGAGCAGAAAGCGUUCGCUCUCAUCAGAGAAAUCCUGGCUUACCUGGGCUUCCUGUGGAUGCUGCUGCUCGUGGCCUAUGGGCAAAGGGACCCCAGUGCUUACCACUUCAACAGACAUCUGGAGCACAGCUUCACUCAAGGCUUCUCAGCUGUGCUGGGGUUCAGAGAGUUCUUCAAAUGGGCCAACACCACUCUUGUGAAGAACCUAUAUGGUCAUCACCCAGGCUUUGUCACUGACGGGAACUCCAAGUUGGUUGGCAGUGCCCACAUUCGCCAAGUGAGGGUCCAGGAAGGCUCUUGCCCUGUUGCCCAGCAGCUACGGGCUUCUUUUGAUGGAUGCCAUGCACCAUACUCCCUGGAUGUUGAAGACCUGGCGGACUAUGGAGAAGGCUGGAACGCCUCUGCCCACAAUAACAGCAAUGGCUUCCCUCAGGUGUGGCAAUACCAGAGCCAGAGCCAACGCCAGGGUUAUCCCAUGUGGGGCAAACUUACCGUGUAUGGGGGAGGAGGCUAUGUGGUCACCUUGGGAGCUGAUCGCCAAAGUGCCUCAAGGAUUCUCCAGUAUCUCUUUGACAACAGCUGGCUGGACACCCUGACCAGAGCCGUGUUUGUGGAAUUCACUGUCUACAAUGCCAACGUCAACCUAUUCUGCAUUGUCACACUCACACUGGAGAAUAGUGGCCUGGGUACCUUCUUCUCACACGCGUCCCUGCAAAGCCUGCGCCUGUAUCCCUUCACAGAUGGCUGGCACCCCUUCGUGGUAGCAGCUGAGCUCAUUUACUUCCUCUUCCUCUUCUACUACAUGGUGGUGCAGGGCAAGCUCAUGAGGAAGCAGAAAUGGGGUUACUUUUGCAGCAAGUGGAAUCUUCUCGAACUGACCAUCAUCCUCACCAGCUGGAGCGCUCUGGUGGUGUUUGUGAAGAGGGCUAUCCUGGCAGAUCGUGACCUCCAGCGCUACCGGAAGCACAGGGGCGAGGGGAUCAGUUUCAGUGAGACAGCAGCAACUGAUGCUGUGCUUGGUUACAUCAUUGCCUUCCUGGUCCUGCUGUCCACAGUGAAGCUUUGGCACCUGCUCCGCUUGAAUCCCAAAAUGAACAUGAUCACAUCAGCACUACGCCGGGCCUGGGGUGACAUUUCAGGCUUUGUCACCGUCAUCCUUAUCAUGCUCCUGGCUUAUUCCAUUGCAUCGAAUUUAAUAUUUGGUUGGAAACUCCGUUCCUACAAAACCCUCUUUGACGCAGCCGAGACAAUGAUCAGCCUGCAGCUGGGGAUCUUCAACUAUGAAGAGGUCCUGGACUACAGCCCAGUUCUUGGCUCCUUCCUCAUUGGCUCCUGCAUAGUUUUUAUGACAUUUGUGGUACUGAAUCUGUUUAUCUCUGUCAUUCUGGUGGCCUUCAGUGAGGAGCAAAAAUAUGACCAGCUGUCAGAGGAAGGAGAGAUUGCGGAAUUGCUCCUGAUGAAAAUCCUCAGCUUUUUGGGUGUCAGAUAUAAAAGGGAAGAGCCUCAGAGCAGCAAUGAGCAGCCAGAGCCAUCCUCCCAGGCUCUCUCCCCUCAACCAGCACAAGCUUUGCCCCGGAUUUAAUCUGUAUAUCCACAUGUGGGAGAAGGCCCAAGCGUCCAGCCUGCACUUGCCGGCAGUGACUCCGGAGUCUCACGGGAGGACUGACUUUGCUUUCUAUAGAGGAGUUCUGGAACUCCCGUAGUAAAAUCGUCACAAUACAUACAUUUAUAAUGGUG